AUGCCUGAACAUGAUGCUCUCAUCCUUUCAUACUCCCAUUUGGUGGACUUUCCGCGGGCCAGCGAUGCCCUCCAAAUCCUCAAGAAGGUUGCCUCUCUGGUGAAGCCCAUCAUGCGAGCGAGGGGUUGGAAGGUGCGGGAGCUUGCAGAGUUCUACCCUGAUCAGGCGAAUUUGCUUGGCCUCAACGUCAACAGAGGGCAGAGAAUUCUGGUCCGAUUACGGUAUCCCGGCGACCGAUCUUUAUUUCUCCCCAUAGAGCAGGUCGUCGACACCAUGCUCCACGAGCUCUCCCAUAUUGUCUUUGGACCACACGACGGAAACUUCCAUGCCCUGUGGAACCAGCUACGGGAUGAGCACGAGGCACUCAUACGGAAAGGCUACACGGGCGAAGGUUUUCUCUCCGAUGGCCAUCGCUUGGGAGGCGGCGGCCGGAUCCCAAUGCAAGAAGCUCGCCGCCUUGCCCGGGCCGCUGCCGAGAAACGUCGUACUUUGACCAAGAAUUCGGGGAAACGCCUGGGUGGUACGGGGCCUCGUCCGGGAUCAGACAUUCGGCGAACGAUUGUUGGUGCUAUCGAGCGCAGAAGCAACACUUUACAGGGUUGUGGGAACAUGAACCACAAUGACCGAGAGAUUCAGCAAAUUUCAGAGACUGCGACGCGGAACGGCUUCCGUACUCAAGCCGAAGAGGACGCUGCAAAUGAAGCAGCAAUCGCUCAGGCACUCUGGGAACUCGUACAGGAAGAGGAAAAGCAGCGUUAUGGAGGCUACUACGUCCCUCCGAGUGCUCAAAAUCCGACCGGCAAUGGGGGUGGGUCCGUCAUGGGAGACUUCGAACCGAGAAGGAACAGCGCGCCACCUCCGAUCCCCAGGCCGGCAUCAAGACCUACGCCCCCGCCGCCGGUCCCAAGGCCCGAAACCCGACCGCCGGUGAUCGCAGCCCCACGUCCCCUGCCAGCUCAGCAACGGGGUUGGACGUGCGGGGUCUGUACUCUACAUAAUCCUGCCAACUUCCUAUGCUGCGACGCGUGUGGAACAGAAAAAGGCCAAGAUCCUCAGCGCCAAGUGUGGACGCCAAAUGCCGAGAAGCGCGAGCGUCAACGGGCAUCAGUAGCCUCAACGGCGGGUGGAACAUCACUGCCAGAGACGAUAGAUCUUACACGCAGCCCGCCAAGGAGAAACAAUAGCGUCGGCGUUGCUGCCAGCUACGGUGUACCAGCCCCGGCGAAACCCCUGACUUGGGAUUGUUCCUUUUGCGGCACGACCAUGGAAAGACAGUGGUGGACGUGUUCAACGUGUGGAGUGAUGAAGGAUAAUUCCGCUUGA